AUGUCCACACCCAGCGAUCCAUGCAGGAGGAGGUUUCCCAGGUAUCCCCAUCCUCCCCCCGGCAUGUCUGGACCUCCCCCAGGCUUCCCUCCUCCAGACACCAUGCCGCCGUUUGACUACCACCCAGACUUCCCCCCCUACAACCUGGGUCCACCCCCCUCUGGCCCCCCUCCCAGCUCCUGGGACCCCGGCCGGAGACAGGAGAAUGAUGACUACGACUACUUCCCUCCUCUGGGCCCACACAUGGGCAACAGGGGGUCAGACAGUGACUUCUCCAGUGACAGUGAGCAGGAGUACCAGAGAAGACAGCACAGCAGGGAGAGAACCCGGGAAAGAGAACCCAGGGAGUACCGGGACAGAGAUCGGGAGAGAGAGAGGGAUAGAGAGAGGGACAGAGAAAGGGACAGGCGGCGGGAAGAGCGAGACAGAGGGCGGGAGAGAGAGCGAGACCGGAGCCGUGAGCGUGAACGAGAGCGGAGACACAGGGACAGGGAACGGGAGAGCAGCCGGAGAGAGGAGAAGGAGGCAGAUGACAGCAAGGACAGACAUCGCUCCUCCAGAAGGAGGCACCGAGACGAGGAGGGAGAGAAGGACUCGUCGGAGCACCGCAGCUCCCGACACAAGCGCAGCAAACACUCCAAACGCUCCAAGGACAGAGACACCUCCAAAACUGAGGAGUCUACGGAGGGGGAGGCGCCACCUGCCGCAGAGGGGGGGGCAGGGGCGGAGGAACCCAUGGAAUCCUAGGAGAUACCACUGUCAGGGCUUGAAAUAGUUUUUCUGCAUACCUUCACUGGCGCAGGCAACAUUCAAAAUUACCUGCACAACUCAGCAUUCAAGUACCCAGUAUGGAUCAUACUAACACUGUUCAGAAACCACUGCCAUUAUUUCUUUUAUACUCCAAAGAUGGUAACAGUCAAUACAGCAAAUAACAUAUCCACCAUACAUCAUAAACACCAGUACAGCUCCAGUUUUACCUACACCAUCCUGUACAUGCAGGUGGUAUUUCGAGCCCUCAACAGCUUAUUCUGUGUAAUAUACGAAUCGUUUGUCUCAAUAAAAACUUUGAAUUUCAACAUGCUAAAUUCAAAUCAAGAAGUGUACUCGUAAAACUAUAUCCAACUAAUGACUAUUUCUGUCAAGUUACAUACUAGUAGUACAAUGUAUAUCAACACAAGUAUUGAAAGAAUGAUUGUCUAAUACUUAGAAAAAAAUUGAUGGAGAGAAUGGUACUAGUAUGUAAUAGAAAGACAAAAUAGAAAACAUUGUGUCCCUAAGACUUUUUGUACCUGUAUGAACAUGUACAUUGUACCAUCAUGGUGUUUGCAGUAUCGGUAACAUCAGAAAGAAGUUGAACUGGUUGGCUUACUGAGCAAGUUUUGGGAAGUUGUUGUACAGACCUCAGUAAUAGUUUACAAGACUUAACAGGAUAGAAAGUCAGUCUUGUGAUGUGAGCUGAUAUAGACAUCCCAAUAUUAAAAACCUGUAUUUGUA